AAUCAUACGACACUUCCAAAGCGUCCAAAGUUCCGGUGUGAACGUCACCCCAACAAAAUGGCUACCAACCACUCGGCACUCAUCAAGGCGGCGGAGCAGUUCUUAGCGACUGCAAAGGAAUACAAGAGCGAUCAUCUUACUCAAAUGGAUAUGUUGAAGCAAUUAGACAAGAUGCGGUUGACCCUAGAAGGGCCUAUGGAUCCGAUCUUGAGGCAGUGGGAUACCAUUCAUACCACAGCUGCUAUGAACCUCCUCGUGUCUACUGGCGCCUUGCAACAGAUUCCCACUGAGGGUACUAUCACAUCGCAGGAGCUUGCGGAUGCGGUUGGUAUUGAUGAGUCUGUUAUCACUCGCGCCAUGAGGGUCAUUUGCGUGCAAGGAAUCGCCGAGGAGCCAGAAACGGAUGUCUAUGCCCACAACGCCAAAUCGCUCGCAUACAUCACGGGCACCAGCCAGUACUUUUUCCAAAUGGUACUCCAUCAAGAUCUCGUGAUGAGAAAGCUCCCCGAUUAUUUCAAGACGCACACUAAGGAAGAUCUUUUCGAUCUUAGAAAGAGUCCAUACGCACAUGCCCUUGACCGAGAAGGCAUGACUUACUAUCAGGUCAUCUCAGAUGAUCCAGAUAGACUUCAUAUGUUCAACCAGACCCUCACCCAGAUGGACCAACAGAUGCCAAUCCUAGGCAUGUUCCCCUUCGCCGCUCUCAAAAACCAAGUCGAAGCCUCACCACAGAAACCAUUCAUCGUCGACGUCGGUGGCGGACGCGGCCAAGUGCUCAUGUCCGUCCAGAAAGAAGCACCAGCUGGCUUCGGCGCGAAGAUGAUUCUCCAAGAUAGGCCAGACGUGUUGGCUGCAAUAGCACAGGAGGAUAUCCCGAAUAUCGAGAAGAUGGAGCACGAUUUCUUCACUCCCCAGCCGGUCAAAGGCGCACACAUCUACCUGCUCCGCCGAAUCCUCCACGACUUCUACGAGCCCGUAUGCAUUGAGAUUGUCAAGAAUAUCGCAAGCGCAAUGGACUCGGACUCCAGGCUUGUAAUUGGUGAUUUCGUGGUUCCUGAUAAGACUCACUUGGGGGAUGAUUCUAUGGUGUACUGGAUGGAUUUCCUGAUGAUGAUGCUGACGGGGAAAGAGAAGACGAGGAAAGAGUUUGAGAGGAUUCUGGAUGCGGCAGGCUUGCAGAUUGUGAAGGUUUGGCCGUUUGCUGUGGGUGCGCAGGCGAUUGUUGAGGCUAGGCUGAAGAGAGCUUGAGUAAGACACGGUAGUCUGCUUGAUAUCGCUAUCAAAACACGUAAUGCUGUCUAGAUACUGACGGGGGCCUGUGGGCGGAGUUGAUCUAGGGGUCUAGUUGACUCACGGGUUUUAGAUUAUUUGAUCUACGUUCCGUCCAGACUACUUUGAUUAUGUUGAAGCACGUCGAACAGUGCUAGGCGAGUGGACCUAGAAUUAUUCUCUGGUAUUAGAAAUCGGUGUGGCCGAAUGGAGCGAUUAG